AUGGAACACAUCCUGUGCCAGUGCCUGGCCCCGGGCCAGCGGGCUGCGUGGGCCCUGGCCAGGGGACUACUGAAGGCAAAGGGCCUUGACCUCCCUGAAGUGACCCUUGGACUUGCAGUGGGUGCCCACACCUAUACCGCCCUUGAUGCAGAAGGGCAGGUACUGCAUGGGGCAACAAGGCUGGCCAGGCUGAUACUGCCCGACACAGCCUACCUAAUCUGGGUAUUAAGAUGUGAACGUGUUAUUGGGGACCGGGAAGUGCUGCCUGGAGAACUAGAGGAUGCCUAUGUGGAGCGCAGAUGGAUGCGCAUGGUGUCCAAUCGCUUACAGCUCGACUGUGCCCUGACGAGCAAGAGGGUGGCGGCAAAACGCCUUGUCCCGCCCACCACUGUCUGUGCGACUUGGGAGGGGACUCUCCAGGAGGAAGAUUGCCUGCCUGCGGACUGGACUCGAACACCGGGGGUUUUAGUGGGUAAGCCGCUGCGUCUGUAUGGCCCAGAUCCGGGGUGA